AGUGCGUGAUUUCUGUAUAUACAGCUCUUGCAUUUUUAAGGCCGUUGUACACGGGCAACUUCCGCCGGCAACUCUCAGCAAUCGGUUGCUCGGCGACUCUGGGCAACCGAUCGCCGGGCAACCGGUGGCAGCACGCGAGCAACUCCUAGCAACACCGAUGAAUUUGCUUUCACAUUGCUGACGUCAUAAUUACGUCACGCCGAGGAACUGGGCGACUCUCGACAACCGGCAUUCCAGCCCACCGGCAACCGGACGCAGAUGUGUUUUGAGCCAUGGACGGAGAUAACGAUGCCAUUGAAGCUCGUCUGCAGCGCAUCAGGAUUCUGCGGCUUAUCAAGCUCCGUCAGCGCAGAAGACGCCGCAUGUGGGUGCGGCCGGUGCUGGCUGCUCGCGACGAGCUCGGGGAGUUCAGCCACCUCGUCAGCCAGCUGCGCAGUGACCCAGCUGCCCACCAGCAGUACCUGCGCCUGACGCCAGCCGAGUUUGAUUAUCUGCUGGGCCUCGUGCGGGACGACAUCGCUAAAGAAGUCACCAACAUGCGACGUCCCAUCCCACCUGACGAGCGACUGGCCCUAACCUUGCGAUACCUGGCAGCUGGAGGCGCCAUGAAAACGAUUGCGGAGUCGUACCGCAUCGCCCCACGCACAGCGACAGGGAUAAUAUAUGAGGUGUGCGAGGCCAUAUACCAACGGCUCGCCCCUCUCUGCCUGCGCUCCCCGACGCUGAACGACUGGCAUGCAUCAGCUGACGACUUCUUGGAAUUGUGGCAACUGCCAAACUGCAUCGGGGCGCUCGAUGGCAAGCAUGUUGCCUUGCAGAAACCAGCUGGCACCGGUUCAAUCUACUUCAACUAUAAGGGCUUUUGCAGCGUCGUUCUCAUGGCCGUAGCUGACGCCAGAUACAGGUGAGCCCGACAGAAGGCUAGCAUCUCGAAGUGGAUUAUUUUACCUCGUAUUAUUUUACUUAAUGUCGCAUUGUCAUCAUCCUUACAUCUGAAAUUCGAC